AUGACAAUUCUUAAACGUGGUGGCAUCUCGAUGAAUUCUGAUCAUCGGGACCCAGAAAGCAACGGCCUCAUCACCGUCCCGCCAAUGGCAGAGCAACUGCAGCGGCACGAGCAUGGGCUGUGCCGCUUCCGGCCCGGCACGGUUGUCAGCGCCGUGGAUCAUGUUCAGGCCUACUGCAUCGUGAUCUACACAGGCUGCGAGAGGGAGGAGGGGACCUGGCACCCGGAAUACAUCCCAGACAACUACUGCGCGCUGCUGUGCCUGAAUCGCACAAAGGUACCGACGGUGAAUGACAUCGCUGACGAUCCCAUCAACUUUGUUCCUGAGGAUCAGCUGGAGCCCGUGGAUGAGGAGCAGCUCAAGACCAGCAUUCCAGGCGAGUUGAGUGACCAGGGAUUCGGAGUGAGGGAGCCUGACUGGGUGAGGCAACCGGCCCUCUGA